AAGAUACAAAGGUGCUGAUCAGUGUCACCUGUGUCACAAUGUUCCAUCAAUAUUUCAGAGGUUUGCUGAUGUCAGCGAAGCGUAUAAAGAGGGGGGCAUCUUAGUACCGGAGACUUCCAUACGUCCAGGGCGUUUUGACUGACUUCCCCCCACCCUAAAGAUAAAGACGCCUCCUGUUUGUGUUUCAGCACCAUGAUCAGCGCUCGUGCUCUCCUCCUCGCGGCCACCUGCUGCUGCACCUUUCUGUGGUUAGCUCGCGCAGAGGACUCCUCUCUGGAGACGCGAUCGUUGGAUUUCUCCCUGAAGACUCAGCAGGAGAGAGACCUGAUUGACGCCUUGCAAGAAGUUUUGGAGAAGCUGAGGAGCAAAGAGAUGCCUUUAGAGAAAAAGCUUGGCUGGCUGCCUUCGUGUGACGCUGGGGAGCCGUGUGCCGUGCGUAAAGGCGCGCGUAUUGGAACGCUGUGCAGCUGUCCUCGGGGUACUGCCUGUAAUUUCUAUGUUCUCAAAUGUUUGUGAAAGAAGAAAAACAAGGCAAAGGGUGCAAGAAAACACAGGAGAGGAGUGAUGGGAUUGAAGGGACCAGUCUGUUGUUAGUCCGGGAACGAUACGGAUAAAAUGUGAUUUUCUUUUAUAAACCUGGACUGGAUGUCAAAUGUCACAAUGUUAGUUUUUAAUUGUGUACAUUGUUUUUGCAUGUGUACAUCCGUCUCAACCUUGACUUUUAAUGUGUGUAACAGAUCUUAGGUAAAGUUAUUUUGUGAAGAGUUAUGGCAUCUUGUUUGUAUAUUUGAAUGUAAUUUUUGUCAGGACCUCGUUUUCUUUUUUUCAUUUUAUCUGCUGCACUUGUUCCUGUUCUGUGGAAAAUUGUGGACAAUUGGUUUCUAAACACAUUUGUAUGAUGAGGGGGUCAAUAAAUUUACUCAACUUUA